AGUCGCUCACGUUUUGUUUACGUUGGCAUUCCCAACGCCUGAAACCCCAACUUCCCCCAUUUCCGUUCCGUCUCUUCCUCUUCUCUCUCUCUUUUUUCGAUCCAAAUUCUAAAAAAUUACACCUUUUUCCGUUCAAAUUCUCAAAAAUUCUCUGAAUUGCAGGGUUUUUCGCCGCUUGAUCCAGUCUCAGGGUUAGCCAUGGCGGCGACUCGGUUCUGGACUUCUACCUUCUUCUUUCUCCUUUUCGUAGCCCUAACUUCCGUUCUGCAGGUUGCUUUUGCCAACUCCGAAGGCGACGCUCUCUAUACUCUCCGUCGGAGCUUGACCGAUCCUGAUAACGUGCUUCAGAGUUGGGAUCCUACCCUCGUCAACCCCUGUACUUGGUUCCACAUCACUUGUAACCAGGACAACCGCGUUACCCGAGUGGACUUGGGCAAUUCCAAUCUGUCUGGACAUCUGGUUCCUGAACUAGGAAGGCUCGAGCACCUGCAAUAUCUGGAACUUUACAAAAACAACAUUCAUGGAACUAUCCCAGAUGAGCUUGGAAACUUGAAGAGCCUCAUCAGUUUGGACUUGUAUAACAACAACAUCACUGGAAGGAUUCCAAUUUCAUUGGGGAAAUUGAAAUCUCUUGUGUUCUUACGGCUUAAUGACAACCGAUUAAAUGGACCAAUUCCGAGAGAACUUACUGGAAUUACGAGCCUUAAAGUGGUAGAUGUCUCAAAUAAUGACUUGUGUGGAACAAUACCAACCAGUGGACCAUUUGAGCACAUACCUUUAAACAACUUUGAGAAUAACCCUAGAAUGGAAGGACCAGAAUUGUUGGGACUUGCUAGCUAUGACACAAAUUGCACAUAGAAGAAGGGCAAGUGAUGCUACAAAAUUACAGCUUCAGAAUGAGAUAGAUAAGGAAGGGAGGGGGGGAAGUAAAAGUGUUAUUUUCACUCUAUAGUGAACUGGGGAUUAUUAUAUUACUAAAUCCAAAAUUACAAGUUAGUGUUUGUAAAGUGUAACGCCAAAUGGUUCGGUAAUUUGUAUUGUAACUUGGUAGAAUUACAUUGGCUAGUCUCUACUUGUUUGUUCAUUUUGCUAUCUGUUCAGUAAAGACAGCAGGAGUUUAAUCUUAUUUUGCUAUCCCA